AUGCGGGAGCGGCUGGUGCAGCAGCAGCAGCAGACGCAGGCGGCGCUGGCUCAGGUGCACCUGGUGCGGGAUCAGCUGCAGGCCGAGACGGCCGCCCGGCUGGAGGCGCAGGCGCGCGCACACCAGCUGCUGCUGCACAACCGCGAGCUGCUCGACCACGUGCAGCUGCUGGUCGGCGAGCUGCAGGUCAUCGAGGAGCGCGACGCCGUCCGGGACAAGGUGACGUGCGACGACGCCGCAUCGCCGGUGGCCAGCUCCACCAGUCUCAGCUCCGACGAGGCCAAACGGUCGCCGGCUGAGGAGGCGUCGGUGCGACUGCUCCGCGACUUGGAGCGGCUGAACAGCGCGCCGGCCGGCGCCACCCUGCCGCGCGCCUCCCGCGCCGGCAGCGAGCGCGCCGCGCACGCCGCCCGCCCGGCCGUCAACCGGCACGUCAGCAAGUAGGCUCGCGCGCGCGGGCCCAGCAGUGGUCGGCGCAGCGGGCGGCCGCCAGGCGGGCGCGGCCGCCGCGAGCGUCAGUGUGCCGCGUCAGGUCCUGGGGACUCGCUACAAACGCCCGUGCUAGGCGCGCCUCACCGGCGAACAGAGUACCUCUGGAUCAGCGAAUCAAGUGUGUCGGCGGGGCGCGCCCCGCCCGUGUACAGACUACGUGCCUUAGUCGUAAGACCAGUGCUAGUCAGCGGGCCGACGUGUCGUGUCGGACCCCGUCCCCGUCGCCUGCCGUGGUCCCUUCGGCGCCCCGCGACCGGGCCUCGCGCCCUCCACGUCGCUCCGCCGUAGAACCCGUUCACGUAGCCUGUCCAGCUCCCGUUUUUAAUAUGAAGGUUGUGAAACAAAUAAUAACCGGAAAAGUGUCCUAUUGUUUGCCGCCGUCGAUUUCGCUCGCCCGGGGCGAGGCUCUUAGGGCCUGAGACACGAGUGACACCGCGACCGCGAGUAACAUCCACCGCAGAGGGCACGGCGGGGCGGCGGGCGCGCCGCGCGCCGACGGCGGCGCCGGUCACGCCGGCCGCGCACAGAGGUCACAGAACACACACCAACGCGCACGAGACAACACAGAGCGGAGCACGUCGGAAUGACGGCGCGCGGCGGCGGCCGACGCGCGGCCGCCGCAUGGCGCGCGCUCACACGAAGCCAA